CUUGGUGGAUUUCGCUAGGAGCGAGCAGCCAGCAGGACAUUCCUCAUGUUUACCACGGAAAACUCGAACGCAGUGGAGAAAACAAUCCGACUCUUACUCCGGAGCAAACCUUCGAGUCCUUGGCAUUGUUCCGUCCCUUUUGCCGGCGGCUUCACCGGAGCUUCUGCGGCAUUGCUGCCGGUACGCAUCUUCAACGAACAAAUCCACCUUUUUAACCCUAGCUACGUAGCCAACCCCACGGUACCAUCUCAAUGCUGCAGGCAGCAAAGAAAAACAUUGUAUCUAGCGCAUCAUGGCUGGUCCUUGAGUGCUGCUUGCAAGCACACUGCUCAGAGUCUAGGUUUGACUUCUAAUUCUUUCCUUUUGCCUGCUAGCGAGCUUCGAGCUUGCAAUACCAUCAGCUUCAGGAAGUUUGAUACUAGCUACUGGUAGCGCCUUCCUAUGAUAUCAUCAUCCAUUCCAAAUGCAACAAUAUAUUCCUGUAGAGCAAACCUCAAGCCAGAACGGCGUGUCGGAAGGAAGUUUGAUCCAGUCGUGAGAGAAACCAUGAUUGAUCAAUCCCACUGGCAUCAGAUUUCGGUGAGAAUGAAGAAGAUGGCGUGAGGAACAACCGGAACCUCGGUUGUCACCAUAGAAUGGGUUGCAGAGAGACUACAAGAAGGGCAACUCGCUUGAAAGAACUAGAUUGUGGCUGAACCAAGAAGCAAACCAUGGAAUAUCUUCGUGUGACGCCCCGAGAUGGAGAAACCUUUGAGGAGUUGACCAAGCGGUUGAAGCUUACAGACAUGUUCCGUGGAUCUGGUUACUACAAGGUAACCCGAUCGGAAAAGAUCUCGGCCAACAAGGAUAUGGUUCUGUCUCUUGACGACAAGACGAGAUGGAUUGCUGGGCCAGAUGCCGUGCGGUCCGAGCUCAAAGUGAACAAGGGAGUGGCUGUUACCCUCAAACCAAGCGGAUUACCCUCUGGGUGUGAGCUCUUUGUGCAGUCCACAAGUUGGAACCGAAAGUUACGAGAUGGGCAUGAUGUGCUGUUUCGCAAAUUGAGCGGAGGCUCUGGUUCCGGGGUGAAGGUUACCAUGCAUCCAGAAAAAGUUGCCAAGAAAAUCGCACCUGCCAUCAAAGAGAGCACCAGCCCCAACAAGCAUAAAGUAAAAGAUGAUGGCAACGUUGGAAGACGCAAGAGUCCCCGCAAACGGGCCAAGGUUAAAAAUAACGAUGAGAGCGAUGGCGGGGAUUAUCCAGCUCCCGUUCCUAGUAGUGGUGGUGAUCCAGGUGGUGAUGGUAUUGUGGUUUGGAGUAAGCUAUUUUUUGACUUGAAGGAAGAUGUCGAUUGUCUGGAUGAAAGCGAUUUGGUGGUGGGAGCUGCAGCAUCCCACGUACCCGGAGACUGUGACAAGCCAGUACCCAACAACUUACUGGAACAAGCCAUUUCCAAAGUCGUGGAGGGCGCCAUCCGGGGCGUGAUUGAUUGGAGAUUGGUGGAAGAAACAAUUGUGGUCCAACCCAGCAACAACCAGUGGGGUGGAGACAACACAUGGCGCCGUCAUCAAUGGACAAGUGCAGGAACGCGCCUACUCUAUGUGGAAAGCCCCUCUACCAACUUUAUUGCUCUCGAAAUGAGAGGCAACGAAAACUAUGGGUUGGUCUGUGGCAACUGUCAAAGCCAUCCAUUUUGCCAUUCACCCCAUUUCAUGUACGCAAACUCUGAUGGGUCUUCCCGAGAUAUCCCCUUGCGUGGUUUGAUUAAUCCGGGUGUGGUCUUGGCCAAACUCAUUCAUGAUGUUGUCCUGCACUGCCAGGAUUCGGAGCAUUAGCAAGUGAGGUGGCCAAUAGUAGAUUGACUUUUGUGAGCCGAACCACCCGUGGCUUGAUUGUUUGACUGAAUGUAAGCAAACCUGUAGCACCAAAAUAAAGCCCAAACUAAUACUGUCAUAGCUACAUUACGUACGACCAGAUUACUCGCCGUCAUUGCUGAGAUUUCCUGCAGGUUGUAGAAUCGCUGUGCAUCCAUCUCGUGACGACAUGAUUCGUUGAAGUUGCUGAACUGCUGGCAUGGUUUCGUCUUGUGUUGCGCUGCUCCCCAACAUGUACUGAAUGUCCUGCAGUGAUGAUUCGGUUGGUGGGAAGAUCACUAUUGCCUCUCUUCCUCCCUGUGUUGGCAUUGUCAGAAAGUAAGAUCCGGUGGCAAUCGACAAUGACACCUCCCUGCCCUGUUGGGAUGGUAGCUUCGUAGCUAUUGGCGAGGAACGUGGUAUCAACGCAUCCAGCGAGUGAAAAC